AUGGUGCAUCCUGGCAGAAAGGUAAAAUAUCCUGAAAUAGAAGAAGAGCUCGCAUCAUGGAUUAAAGACAACAGAGAUAAAUCCAGACCAAUUACACGACUUAUGAUUGCGACGCAAAAUCUGCCCGAAGACCUUGUCGAGAAACAACAGCAGUUUCUAAGUUUUAUUCUAUUCAGAAGACGUGAACACAAUUAUCCUUUGAAAUAUAUUGCAAAACCUUGA